CGUUGAGAUUUCAAAGCUUCUCUUCAGAUAAGACUUUCAGGCUGCAACGCUCUCUUUUUUUGGAAAGUGACAAAUCUGUCAGAAUAAAGUGGCUACCCCUCCCUGACAGCUCGAUCUGGACUGCACGUGCCGUAAAAGUGGGAAUACUCGUCCAUUCAAAAUUUAGGGGCGACUGGUUUAACCUCGGAUUAACGAGUGACGGCUGGUUUGACCGCAGUGGGGACCCUGGAGGAAGUUGACACCGGGAGAGGGAUGCUCGGUGCGGUCAGAUAGGAUGAUUGACGACGAAUGAAUGGCUAGUUGAGCUGAUGAAGCAACUCAUCACAGCAAAAGCUGUAAGGUGUCUUAUAUUUAGAGGUAUGAGCUAUCAUACACAGUAUCAUUCGCAGCAACCAAGCAAACCCUUCAUCUUAAGGUUAGGUCAGGAAAUGAACGAACUUCCUCUCAUCUAAAAAUUGGUUACCUCGGUAAACAGACACCAGUGAGUGGUUGACGCGCCCACAACAACAAAAAGUCAAAAAUCAAACUACACUGACGGAAAAGCCCGAGGGACAAUUUUGUGUGCGGAAGUGCGUGUGGAAUAAGGCAAAAGAAGAAACCUGGACUGCAGCAGUUCCUGAAACAACUCUAAAAGCGUAUAGUUUACAGGCCGACUAUAACACUUUCUUUAACAAGUGCUGUCUGAAUUAAAAAUAAGUUUGUAAAUACACAAGUUGUCCCAUGUGAGGUGAGCGGAAGUUUGUACUUCCAGGUGCUUCAGAAUGCCGCGGAGUACGACAGCCAGGGACGUUUCAAGACAACGUUUCGGUCGCUCGUACUCAUCAGAAGACAUAACGUUAGAGCCUACAGACUCUCCUCCUGUGAGUCCCGUGGUGUCCAGCAUGUCUGGGGAGGGACACGGUGGGAGUACGGGAGGGCCGUCCAGCACCCGGGAAGGCCCCAGACUGUCCGUCGUCGUGCUGUCCGCGUUGGGCUCUGCCGCCGCCGUGGCCGCUGUUGGCUGUUUCUGCGCGCUCAUCUACCCCAUACUCAGAGAGCUGCGGGCAGCCAGAGUGAGAGAUCAGGAUGGGACUGAAUUGAGGAUGUUGGGUUUCUGGAGUAUCCUGGUGCUAUCAGUAUUCGUAGGAUGUAUCUGCUGUGUCUUCUCAUGGACUCUCACCUACCUUGACUCGCACCAGCCUGCCAUGGUGUUACCAACACUGACACUGGCCCACUUCAGAGAUGUAUCUGGCCAUGGUUUCCACAUGCGCUAUGGUGUUGCUGUCCUUAAUGGCAUCAUGGCCAUGCUCACGGUCAUCUGGACCCUCACCUGAUACACACUCCCUCAGUAGAAAUGCUGAUGAUGGCAGUGACCAGUCUGUAACAGUGUAAAGGCAUCUGAUUCUCCACUAUGAUCUUCUUUUUUUUAAAGUUUGUAACUGAGGUUUAGUCAUUGUGUCUUUAUAGGACCACCAGACACACAGUUGAGUUGAUCAGUGUCACCAACAGUGUGAAAAUGAUUGUGGUUGUGCAUAAUUACAUUUUCUGAAGUACACUCCAGAUGUUUUGUACCCAAACAAUUACACUGUAAGGGACAAAGCUGGCCCAUUAUGUAGUGAAAUUCUGUCGAGACAGGUGUACAUAUAAGACACCUUGUCCACAGGAUACAUUUCCGCCAUGUGUUUCAGUCAUCUGUCUCAUCUAAGUCAAGUCUUUCUUCUUCCAUUUUACACACAUAAAUAUAGCAAAAAAUGGGUGAGUGUUGACUACGUGAUCUCACCUUAGUGUUCUGUCCUAAGUAUUUUUUGCUCUCACCAAACCAGAGAGGAGUUGGCCAGCUGCCGUCUGCCAACUUUUCACGCUGGCUGAAGACAUUGUGUGUCGUCACUCAUGCAGGACUGAAGCUGCUGCUCCCGACAUGCUGCACUCACUAUGCAGCCUGUGUGGACACUGUUAGCGACAAGAAAUGACCUGAUCUUGUAACUGGACAAUCAAAGUUGAUAUAAUUUACAUAUUUUGUUGUGUGAUGAGGGACUAACAUGUCAUAUUAAUGCCUUAGUUCUGGCUUUAACUUUGGUGGAAGUUUUCAUGUUCAAUACAUAGCUAACAGAAGUAAAAAAAAAAAAAAAAAAAGUCAGUUCAGAUUCAUGUAAAUUUCCACCUCAAGAUACAAAAUAUCCUCCCAGAAGCAUGCAUAUGCCGGCUGUUUGUGAUUCAAGCCCUGCUUACACUUGUACUGUAGUGCUUUUAUACUGUAGUCAAGG